GUUUCUUUUUAGGAUUUCAUCAAUGCUAGUGGCUGAGGACCUCGAAAAGCGAGAUGCUAGUCAGAUUGGUGCUGCUGACCUGCCUUGUGUCCGUGGUAGCCCGUCUCAGGAUCAAGGAUGUGAAGAAGCUUCCGUUCCUUGGAGGUGCCGCAGUUGCAGAGUUCGUCGAGAAGACAGAAGAAAAUUCCUGUCCCGUCAUCUUCGUAACAGACGACUCUGGGCCAUUGAAUACCGUCGUUAACGAGGCAUAUCAGGCUCGGCAUCAACAACGGGGAGCAGCGGUGUUUGGGGUUGGCCUGCGUGACCGAAACGUGAGUCACCGCCUUUCUGAGCUGGUGCUGGUGGCUCGCCAAGUGCGACGGUUGUCUUGGUGCACGAUGGUGGUAGUUGUGAGUCACGACCCGGCCUUCCUCGUCGCCUUCGCUGAGUGGUCCCUAAGAGGCCGGCUGCUGGUGUGGGCCACCAAACUGUUAAUUGUGACGCGUCUGGCCCUUAGGCACCUUCGGAGCCUUCUUUCCACCCACUGGACUUUCUCCAUGAUGAACGCAGUCUUCCUCAACUUUGAAGAAGCUUCUAAUAUAAUGUGUUUCGGGUACACGUACCUGCCGUACAGCCCGAAUGGCGCCAGGCUAAUGAAGGUUGCUAUCUGGACGCCGAGGAGAGGCUUGCUCCUGCACCAAAAUACAUUGCCGUUCUCUGAGAAAUUUGCGAAUUUCUAUGGGGCGCAGGUGAACGUGACCGCUUUGCCGUUCAUGCCCUACUGGGGUAAUGAAGAUAUUCGAACUCCUAAUGGAACCUCCGUCAUCAAAUACGAAGGUUCCGACUACCAACUUCUUCUGGCCGUGGCUGCGGCACUCAAUUUCACUAUUCGAGUCUUGCCUAGUAGGUCGUGGGCAGAGGUAACGAGCCAGGUGGAGGAACGUGUGUCGUUCAUCGCUUCUAUAUAUUAUGUUCUGAUGACUCUGAGAGCAGAAAAGUAUGACUUCACGCAGACCUUUGAGUUUUCCUACGUCUCUUUCUCCAUGGCCAAGCCUAGACAGGAGCCGCAGUGGCAGAGUCUUUACUAUCCACUGGCGCAACAAGUCUGGCUGGCCAUACUGGGGUCGGUUCUUCUCGUCCCAUUCAUAUAUAUCGUGAUAAAUUAUGUGGGUCACAAAGUAUCUAAAGGAACAACAUUCCUCGAGAGCGUCUUCCUAGAUAUGGCUGGAAUGUUCCUGGCCCAGAGCCUUCCACAUCGCCUGCCAUGGGGUUCCUCCAGCAGAGUUCUGAUGGCCGCCUGGCUUGCAUUCGCGCUCAUCCUCGGAUCCGCCUACCGCGGCAACCUGACGGCUGCCCUCACCCUACCCAAGUAUCCUACACGUCCUGAGACCAUUCCGCAGCUCGUCGACGCAGUGGAAAGGAUAACAAUACCGCCUUAUGGAGACUCCCACUACAAUUACUAUAAGUCGUCAGAAUCGCCGCUGUUUAAUGGUCUCGCCAAGUUGAUGGAUGUGGGACCUAACGUGCUGGAGGGGCUGCGAGCAGCACUACAACACAAUCGCGCUCACCUGGGCGGCAGGCGAUUUCUGAAAUACCAGAUAGCUGACAAGUUCACAGAAGUGGACGGCACUUCCCGCCUGUACGUGGGUCGUGACACCCUUGACCCCGCUGCCUCCGGCUGGCCCAUUCCCCACGACGCACCCUACAAACCCCAGCUAGACCGCUGGAUCAUGGCUCCCUUAGAGGCAGGCCUGUAUGAGAAAUGGGUGGAAGACCUGCUAUCAGAGACCAAACUUAGAAGUCAACGGGAACAGAGGAACCGCCAGAUUGAACAAAAAGAAAGCGAGGAUGGGGACACUAAUGAGAGUCUCACGGCUCUCACCAUCAUCCACACACAAGGCGCCUUCUUACUACUUCUGUUCGGGAUAAAUAUUGCUUGUGUGGCAGUAUUUUCGGAGUUUGUGGCAGCUCGGCUAUCUCUUAACAUGCACAAGUCAGAAGGUAUAAAUCUAGUUGAUAAAUACUAAGUAAUUAUGCUUCACAUUGUGCUUUAAAACUUUACCGCAGAAAUCAGGAGUACACAAUUUGCUCUUAUUAACUGGUGAUUUGUUUAUGACUACAGGAUUGCAGUCAAUUAAUUUUGAUCAAUUCAGUUCAUUGUAAAAUGUGUAUGUCAAUUCUAAUUCAAUUAAGUUUAUUUCAAAAGAAAAUUAAUUCUGAUUCGAUUCAGUUCUUAAACAUUUCAAUUUCAAUUAAAUUUAAUUACAUUAUAUGCUACUAAGCUGCAUAUUUUGCAUGAGUUUGAUCAUAUUUUCUAUUUAACGUAAUAUAAUGAUUACAUAUUACCGUAUGAAAUUUUUAAAUUCAUAUCAGUAGACAGACAGCUGUUUCAUUUCAUUCAAAUCCACAUGUUUUUAGUAUUAAUUGAUAGUCAUUUCACAGCUGACCGUAAACCUGGUUAAGAAUAUUUAAAUUUUACGUCUUGCAUCCCUCACAGACUGUAGUAUG